AUGUCCGACGACCUUUUCGGGCCCCCUGACCCUUACUUCAACCCCGUCGAGCCCUCUAACGUCACCACUUUGGACUCUGAAAGCUCCCCUGCCUCUCCCAACGGAAGACUCUACCAACGCACCUUUGGCGACACUCGUUUGAGCAAUCUGUUGGCUCUCAUUUCCUAUCUGGCUCAAUGUGGAUUCUCUGACGUUGAAACCAUCCCUGCCGUGCUCACUCACCUCAAGAGCGCUAUCUAUGAGCUGCUUCUUCACUGUGUGAGCAUCGACAGGCCCACAUAUGCCCAUUACAUCCAGCAGCUUCUGAGGAAACUGGACAUCUUGAUUACUAGACUCAUCAUUCCGGCGUUGAAGCAGACGCUUGAGCGGCCUGAUCUCGUGGUGACCCAGCUGAUCAUCAAGGAGGUGCAUGAGCUUGUCACUUUACUCUAUGGGUUCACCAACCCACUCAGAAUUCCUGGAGUGCUUUCAGACGACCAAAGCAUUGAAGGUCCCCACGGACUACGGGUAUCUAGUUUCCAUACAACAACAUUGUUGGCUGUGACGAGAAAAUUACAGGCUGCGUUGAAUAGUCAGAUCAAGGUCCUUGGAAGCGCUAGCGACUUGGACAAAGGCAUUGGGCCAAACAACACGCCGCUCAACUUGUGGAGCGACUGGAUGGCGCAGUCGCUGAAUAUGGUGACGAAACUCAUCGUCACGAUUUUGAAUAAUACUGUCCCCACGGCGACGGUGUUUAUCUACUUUGAAGACCUCAUGCGCAACAAAGGGUUGGCAUUUCUUGACUUGGAGUACUUUGACGAGUUUCUCUGUCACUUCCAGCGGAUUAAUGCUUUUUCCAAAACACAAGCUAACUCAGCGCUAUUUGACUCCCAGCGUCGUUUGAUUCAAGAGCAUUUUUUGCUGGUGAUCCGAAUGUUCCCUUGCCAUCCUCUUAGCUGGUGCACGGUAAGUCAAGCAGUCAACUACUUGCAGAUGUACAUUGAUGUGUACAACGAUAUUUACGAAGAUAAGCUUCUCAUCGAAAAGAUCGCCGACAAACACGAAAGCACCGUGGUGAAGAGGGUGGUAGACUCUGCAAAGUUCCCAGAGGGCCACUAUAUUAACUACAUAAACCAGGAACGGCUUUCCUCAAAAGAUGUACCAGACUUCGUGAAAUAUUUCGACGAUAACAAUGAAGCAAUAGAAGUAACCAAUGAAAAGGAGUACUAUAUUCCCAUAAGCCAACCGAAGAACUCUGAGUCUUUCCGCAAGGUCUCUCAAGUGAACACCAACUCAGAUCCCACCAAAGAACACCUCCUUUCUUUGCCUAGAUCCAAGGGCACCGAAAUCAGUCCCAGAACAGCUUUAUUUGCUGCAAAUUACCAUAAGCGUGAUCUACCUGAGGACCCAUGCUACCUAAAAGUGUAUCGCUUAAACGAAGAAGUAGCACAGGAAGUGAGAGAGCUACGAGCGAUGGUCGAAGACAAUAUAUGGCGUGGCAACUGCCGCUUCAAGGGAUGUUGGAAGUGUCGGCUAUUUCUAUGGCAUAAGCACAAAAAGUGCAAGGGAAUCAUGCGGUAG